AUGGUGCGCGUGCCCGGAUCUUUGGGUGCCUCAGGAUAUCACCGUGAGUCCCCAGAUGAAGAAGCGCAAGCUGGAAUUGGACUAGGGAACGAAGCGUCGACGGGUAUUGGAUCACCGUCGACUUCGCUAAAAUCAAGAUCGAUCCACAGAUCGGCAGAGUUUUGGGAGGAGCUCUACCGACGGAACAGAGGGAGUCCACCGGCAAAAGCCGGGAACGUCUCGGCCAAACAACCGCCUAGCUCAAUAUCGAUUGUCAAGAAGAAGCCAGCUAGAUCGAAGUCCUCGCGAAAGAAGCUGAAGGCACCAGACUCGGACGUUGACGAUCGCAUCGAUCUUACGUCAGCUUGGACGAAUGAACAACUCGAGAGCGUGUAUCACAAGAAGCAGCUUCACGCUUUUCUAGCUGAGGAUGCUGUGAUGCGCAUCCUCCGUCCGAAGCUGCUCGGUGAUCUGAAAGGUCCUGUAUCUGAACCGGCCUUGAGAUCGAAUAAGUUGGACAACGUGAAAGCAACCGAAGAGGUCAUCAAGGCUGUACCCAAGACGCUGUUCGAGUUGUUGAAGCCACUGGUGGAUGGAGUCCACACGAUCUCCAAGAACGGAGGAUCCCCUUGUGAUUCCCCAAGAGACGAUCACGACGUGUCGUCUUCCCAUUAUGAGUCUGCAACAGAGGAGGUGGACACCGACAGUGUCGAUGACCCGCCACGAACGACUCUAGGUCCAUCCGGAACCGCGAUGCUACGAGAUCGAGCCGCCUAG